AUGCUCGGCGAGGCGCCGUUCCAGGCGACGCGCGUCCGCGUGUCGAUCUUGGUGUCAUUUGUAUGCGUGAUUAUCGCGGCGCUGCCGUUUUGGUGGGCGACGACGACGAUUACGCGGUUGCCGCUGCCGGCGGCAGACGUGUUUGCGUGGCAGGAGCAGGUGGCUUGCCCGGUUCGCGCUGCCUUUUCGCUCGAGCUUACGCCCCACGGCGUAUCGGUGGGGAGCGAUACGUGUGAAAAUGUGCAGAAGCGCCUGAAUACGCUUGCGCGGGGCGCGCAGGACGCGCAAGACGCGUCGACAGACGACCUAUGCAUGGACUGGCAAGUGUCUGUGCCGGGCGUGUGUGCCGCAGCGCCGCACAAUGCGACGAUGACCUACUCCCUUUCGCUCCGGAAUGUCGCGUGCGACGACGCCUUCACGGUUUGCGCCUCGGACGACAUGGCGCAGUCGGUCGCCGAGAAACUCGCGCCUCUGCUCGCCCGCAGCGCGAGCGAGGUGGAUGACGCGCACCGCCGCAAGUCGGCACACGAUCUGCAUGCGAUCCAGUUUGCAAAGCGCGUGCGUGUCGUCUUUUCGUUGCUGAACGAGGACGCGAGCGCGGGCGGCGCAGCAUCGGGAUGGGAACUCCAAGAGACGCUCAAGGUCCUUGACAACAUGCACGGCGCACUUCCGCCGCGCCUCGAGGCCAUUGCGCCGCUUUUUCGUUUGAUCGAGGCGGCACGGGGCGUGCACGACUUUCAGUUAGAGAGCCAGGUGCAGUGGUACGCCCCGCUCGAGUUUGAGCCCGCCGCUGAGCACCACGCGCCGGAAGCGGCCCCCGCGGCGCCGGAGCACACGCGUGCACCGGAACAGGACUCGUCGAUUGAGGCUGCGGCCGCUGCAGAGCACGCAGAGCACGCACAGGCGUCGGUCGACGCCGAACUUGCGACACGCACGCCGGCGGCGACCGAGCACUUUGCCUCGCUCGACAAUGUGCGUGUUUUUGUCAACUCGGCGCAGUGGAACCUCGAGUCGUACGGCCUUGCAGACGCUGCGUCGAACGCAACCGACGGGCAGUUUGAGGAGCAGACACUGCACUUUGUCCUCUUUUUGCCGAGUGAUGCGCACCGCCCGCUGCGCAUGCGAAAUCCGACUACCUCGGAAACAAUCGCGAAUCCUGCAUGGAUCGUGCCGCAAUGGGGCGGCGUCGUGGUGUGGAACCGCGAAGGAGACGGCGACCGCCUCGCGCCGCCGCUGACGCUCGACGAGCUCGCCGAACCCCUCCGCCUCUUUUCCAAGCAGCUCGCGCAGCUCCUGGGUGUCGCGUUCGAGCAGGUCUCUGACAGCGAGUCCGCACUGUACUUUGCGGUGCAAGGCCUCUUGUGGCGCCGCACGCUCGAGUCGGCACGCAGCACGAUCGAGACGCUCGGCAGCACCGUGCGCCUCGUGGACAAGAUUCCCAACCUCGGCGUCGGCGCGACCGUGCGUGGCCAGUUUUUACUUGCGCUCGAGCGCCUGAACGAGCUCGCAACGCUCCUUGGCACAGAUGCACAGCAAGACGUCCUGCCCAAGGCCCUCGACCUCGCUUAUUCCGCACAGGCGCAUGCAUCGCGCGCAUUCUUUGAUCCAUCUAUGCUGGCUAUGCUCUAUUUCCCGGACGAACACAAGUACGCGGUGUAUACCCCCCUCUUUGGGCCGCUGUUUGUCCCGCUCUUGGUCGCGUUCGUCCGCGAGGCGAAGCGUUUCCGCGCGCGGCGGGCCCAACACACGCUGACUAAGCAAAGCAACACGUAG